ACAGAAUGCCGGAUCCACUGGAAGCCUCUAUCAAUCAUAUUUUGAAACAAAAAACUCUUAAAUGGAUUUUUGUGGGUGGAAAGAGAGGUGUCGGAAAGAAGCCGUUCAGUUGCUCAUUGGCAGCUCAACUCAACACAAAAAGUCGUGGAAGAAUUCUUCUCAGUCGAUCCAGCUCACAACAUUUUGGAUGCUUUUAGCCAGAAAUUCAUUCAAACUCCAACACUGGUCGAAGGAUUCGAAAAUCUUUUCGCGAUGGAAAUUGAUUCAAAUUCAAAUGGAGAAGGCGUAGAAAUGGGAAAUAUCAAAAAAAUGUUCCAAAAUGCUGCACAAAACGAAGGUGGAAGCGGUGGAUUCUCGAUGGAAAAAGACUUUCUUCAAAGCUUUGCUGGAGGAUUUCCUGGGAUCGAUUAGGCAAUAAGUUUCGGGGAAAUGAUAGAGUUGAUAGAUUCUCUUGGCUUCGACGUUGUGGUCUUCGACACUGCUUCAACUGGGCACACUCUUCGUCUUCUUCAAUUCCCAACAAUUGUUGAUAAUUUUUUUACCAAAAUUCUUUCACUUCAAGGAAUGUUAGAACCAAUGUUGAAUAACAUCGGUGGAAUGUUUGAAAUGGAAGAUGAUGAAACGCUUGAGACGAUGAUGACAGCUGCAGUGAAAGAUUUGGAAAGGAUGAACGCACAGUUCAAGGAUCUUAACUGCACCUUAUUCGUCUGCAUCUGUAUGGCCGAUUUUCAAGCCGAACGACAUAUUCAGGAGUUGUCCAAACAAGGAACCGAUACUCAUAAUAUUAUUGUCAAUCAACUUCUCAUUCCGGAUAUCGAUGAAAAUGGAGCAGUUUCAAGGCGAAAAUGUGCACAACAAACCGGCCAAGCUUCAACUUCUGAUCCAACCCGAGGUAUGUUCUCGUGCAACUUCAGCAGUAUGCACUUCAGGACCUCUUCAACACUUAACCGUCAUCUUCUCAACAUUCAUAUGGAACCACAAAUAGGACUGGAACGAGUGGAGAUGUAGUGCCGAUUGCAAAGUCUCGCAAUCUUCCGGGAGCACUUCUAACGCAGCCUGCUCAAGUUCAUGAAGUAUAAAAAAGAACACACCCAUCAUCCACGACGUCGGCUGCAGAGACUUCAGAAACAACCGAAACCAUCGGGACUACGUAUCUUUGGAGCGUCCGGUGUGAACUCCCGGCUCCAAAAUGUUUGGUGGGACAACGAAAUGGAGUAGAUGGAUGCUCAAAUCCCAAGACUACAAUCCAUCCAUGUAUAAUUACCCGAAAUGUCAUACAUCUUUUAUUUUUCUAGUUUUAAACUUGCAAAACUUGUAAUACCCCAGUUGUUAAGUGUUCCGUGUUACAUAUGUAUGAAUAUAAUUGUUUGUUAAAUGUUUGUUAGUCAAGAUCAUUUUAUACUGUAUUUCUCUUUGAUUUGAUUAUACCUUUACAACUAGAUGAAUA